CCCGGGGGGCGGAGGCCGAACGGUCCGCCGCGCUUCGCCGGGAGUCGUCCUCCCGCCCGCCCGCCCGCCAUGCGCCUGCCGCCCCGGGCCUCGCUCGGGCUGCUACUGCUGCUGCUGCUGUCGCCCGCAGCCGGCACUACCCGGAAGCCGACUCCCUGCCAGCAGUGCCGGAACCUGGUGGACAAGUUCCUGCAGGGGAUGGCCAACACGGCCAAAAAGAACUUCGGAGGCGGCAACACAGCCUGGGAGGAAAAGACGCUGUCCAAGUACGAGUUCAGUGAGGUCCGGCUCGUGGAGAUCCUGGAGGGCCUUUGCGAGAGCAGUGACUUCGAGUGCAACCAGAUGCUAGAAGAGCAUGAGGAGCAGCUGGAGGACUGGUGGCUGCAGCUGAAGAAUGCACAUCCUGACCUAUUUGAGUGGUUCUGUGUGCGGACGCUGAAGGUGUGCUGCGCUCAGGGGACCUAUGGGCCAGACUGUCGAGCCUGCCAGGGUGGCGCCGAGAGGCCCUGCAGCGGGAACGGCCACUGCCGGGGAGAUGGCACCCGGCACGGGGACGGGUCUUGCCAGUGCCACUUGGGGUACAAGGGCCCACUGUGCUCGGACUGCACGGAUGGCUAUUUCAGCUUGCUGAAGAACGAGACCCACAGCGUCUGCAAAGCGUGCCAUGAGUCCUGCAAGACAUGCUCAGGCCCGACCAGCAGAGACUGCCACGAGUGCGAAGUGGGCUGGCUGCGCAUAGAGGGCGCCUGCACGGAUCUGGAUGAGUGUGCGGCCGAGACACCUCCCUGCGGCGACGCGCAGUACUGUGAGAACGUCAGUGGCUCCUACACGUGUGAAGAAUGUGACUCCACCUGUGUGGGUUGCACAGGGAAAGGCCCAGCCAAUUGUAAAGAAUGUGUCGCCGGCUACACCAAGGAGAGUGGACAGUGUACAGAUAUAGACGAAUGCUCGCUAGCAGAAAAAGCAUGUAGGAGGAAAGAUGAAAAUUGCUACAAUACUCCAGGGAGUUUUGUCUGCGUGUGUCCUGAAGGGUUUGAAGAGACCGAAGAUGCAUGUGUGCGGACGGCAGAGGGUGAAGUCACCGAGGAACACCCCACAGAGCCACCCUUUCGGGAGGACCUGUGAUGUCCUCCUGGGCUCAGAAGCCAGACUCCCUCUAAAUGAUUGAGAUGAUCUCUUAUGGGAAGCGGAGCUGUGGACGCCGCAGGAGAGGCUGCCUGCCCUGAACGGCUGACCCCCACCGGCCUCGGAAAAGCUGCAUUUCCUGGUUGUUACACAGACUCGUAUAUUUUGCUACUGUUCUUUAUAAUAAAAUGGACCGUUGAAGGUA